CCAAAGACGCUGUUGCUGAAACGGAUGCCGUUCCAAGUUCCAACUGCUGCAGCGAGCAACUCCCCGAAAACGCAUCUCACGACCGACCUUCCCUGGCCAGUUCUUGUUGGCCACACAAAAAAUUGGACGAACGCGGACUCGUGUACAGAAUCCAGUUUCGAACGCCACAUCUAACAGGGGAAUCAACCAACCCGGAUCAGCCGACGUCCCUUACAUCCCUCCUCCUUCUCACACGCUUCUGCUCUCUCCAGCUUGCAGACCGCCAUGGAUCUAAGGAACAAUCUUUUCGGUAAACAAGCACCGCGGGCAGGAGGUCCUGGCCUGCCUGGACGGCAGGUCCAGCGACCAAGCGGGGAUCCGAAUCCGUAUGGUGCGCCGCCUCCCGCCGGCUACGACGGCUACGGCGGACGCUCGCCCGCUCCUGCAAGGCCGCCGCAGCAAAGUGUGCCCGGCGGCUACGGCUCGGCCUUGCCUUCCACGGGAAGACAGCCACAGUAUCCUUCCGGCGGUUACGGAGGUAACGCAGGUUAUGGCGGCAGCGGCGCCGGCGGCCGGAAAGUGCGGUUAAGGCUUGCAAAGGUUGAAGACAAGACGAUUCAGGCCCAAUAUAUCUUUGGGAAUGUUUCCGCCGUGUCGCCCAACGAUUUCCCCCCGAACCGCGACGGCUCCGACCUGUACAUCCGCUUGACCGGCAGCCAGCUCAGCGGCGACUACGUGGUAACAGCGCGCCCUACCCCAGGCUUCCCUGAUGGAUCCAUCAGCUUGUCAGAUCCGCAACGAACAUGGUGUGGCGUGGGCAUGAUGGACGAGCUGGUGGGCGAGCUUUACGACCCGUUUAGCCAGGGAGGCGCUGCCUAUGUCGGGUCCAUCGAGCUUGAGAUAGGGUUCGCGUCGGCUAGGAAGAUUGUGGAUACGCCAUACGACCAGGAUGAAUUAGCCGAGCUGUUCAUCAGGACAUUCCAGAACCAGGUCUUUGCUCCUGGCCAGAGGCUGCUGCUCGAUGUUAAAAACGUCCCCUUGGCUAUCAUGGUCAAGACGGUGACGUUGAUUGACCUCAGCAUGCAGAGGACCAGCGAGGCGGCCACACGUACCGACCCGACCGCUCGUGGUAUCCUCACCAACCAGACUAGCAUAGGCUUCUACAAGGAUGCGAGGUCACCUAUAAAACUGAAGGGCUCCAACAAGCGGCCGGCCGCCAACGCCAUCAUUAGCCCAGACUUCAAGUUUGAGGACAUGGGCAUCGGCGGCCUGGACGCUGAGUUUUCGACCAUCUUCCGCCGGGCCUUUGCCUCUCGCAUUUUCCCACCUGGCCUGAUCGAGAAGCUCGGCAUCAUGCACGUGAAGGGUAUGCUGCUCUACGGGCCUCCCGGGACGGGCAAGACGCUCAUCGCCCGGCAGAUCGGCAAAAUGCUGAACGCUCGAGAGCCAAAGAUCAUCAACGGCCCAGAAGUGCUCAACAAGUACGUCGGCCAAAGUGAAGAAAACAUUCGCAAACUCUUCGCCGAUGCCGAAAAGGAGUACAAGGAGAAGGGCGACGAGUCUGGCCUGCACAUCAUCAUAUUUGAUGAAUUGGAUGCCGUUUGCAAGCAACGAGGGUCCGGUGCUGGUGGCGGCACAGGGGUCGGCGACAGCGUGGUCAACCAGCUUCUCUCCAAGCUGGACGGUGUCGAUCAGCUCAACAACAUCCUGCUCAUCGGAAUGACCAACCGGAAGGAUAUGAUUGACGAUGCCUUGCUGCGUCCGGGUCGUCUGGAGGUUCAGGUUGAGAUUUCGCUGCCCGACGAGUUUGGCAGAAACCAGAUUCUCAAAAUCCACACGGCCAAAAUGAAGGAGAACAACAUCAUGGGCAGUGACGUCGACAUUCCUGAGCUGGCAGCGCUGACCAAGAACUUUUCGGGCGCCGAGAUCAGCGGGCUGGUAAAGUCGGCCACAUCGUUUGCGUUUGCUCGGUACACCAAAGGCGGUACCAUGGCCAGCGUCAGCGAGGACGUGGCCAACAUGCAGGUCGUCAGGGCAGAUUUCCUCCACGCCCUGGACGAAGUCAAACCGGCCUUUGGUGCCGACAGCGCGGAUAUCGAAGAGGCAAUCCGCUACGGCAUAAUCGAAUUCUCGAAGAGCAUCCCCGGCAUCCUCAACGACGGCAUGCUGUAUGUGGAGAGUGUCCGGCAGGCAGAGAGGCUGCGGCAUACAGCAGUAUUGCUGCACGGCCCUCCCGGGAGCGGCAAGACGGCGCUGGCGGCCCACAUUGCCAUGAAGUCAGACUAUCCCUUCAUCAAGCUCAUUACGGCCAGGUCAUUGGUUGGGUUCAGGGACGAGCUUGCAAGAAGGGAUUAUCUCCACAAGAUCUUUACGGAUGCCUACAAGUCUCCGCUGAGCAUGCUCAUAAUUGAAGAAAUCAUCGAAUGGAACGACGUCGGGCCACGCUUCUCAAACACCAUUUUGCAGGCCCUCCUGGUGCUGACCAAGGCCCCGCCGCCGCAAGGGCGACGGCUGCUGGUCAUGGCGACGACGUCGAUGCGGCCCGUCAUGCAGCAGCUGGGGCUCACGCGGGCGUUCGACCGGCAGAUUCGCGUGCCCGCGGUGCAGGACGCGCGCGAGCUUGAGGCGGUGCUGCGCGAGUCGGGCGCCUUUGAGGACCUGGGAGACGUGACCGAGAUCAUCAACCGGGUGGGCGACUACACAAAUUCCCAGCGUGUGGGUGUUGGCAUCAAGACUAUACUCUCUACGGCCGAGACGGCGCGGCUUAACGCGCAGCCUGCGCAGUGGUUUGCGGAGCAGAUGGCGGAUUUGAUUGCGGUGAAUAAUCCGUAUGGGGAUGGGGAUGGGGUGGGAGGGAUGUGA